AUGUUUGACAGCCUGACUGCUCAUCGCAAAGCCUUUGCGUUGAGUGCGAUGGCCACAGCCCCGGCGGCACCUCCACAAGAGAGGUAUCAGAAGUUGGACAAGGUCGGCGAGGGAUCCUGUGGAGUCGUCUUCCGCUGCAGGUGUCGACAGACUGGGCGCAUCGUGGCGAUCAAGAAGGUUCGGUUCGCUUACGAAGAGACCGCAGGUACCUCUGAUGGCCCGUCCCUCCUCGGGGCGUUCGGGGCUUCGGCGCAAAUACUCCGCGAGGUGGCCGUGUUGAAGUCCCUCGGCAAGCACCGGGGCAUCGUGCCUUUGCUGGAAGUCUAUGGGGAAGCAGGAAAGCUCUUCAUGGUCUUCGAGUACUUCGAGCGCGACCUCGCACGCUACAUGCAGGAAGCAGGCGCCCUCUCCGAAAGUCGGGUGGUGCGCUUCUCCUGCCAGCUGCUCAAUGCCAUGGCCCACUGCCACGUUCACCGCGUCGCGCACCGGGAUGUCAAACCCCAGAACAUUCUUGUAAAGCCAGAAAGCGAUGAGUUGAAGUUGUGCGAUUUCUCUUUGGCUCGCUCUGUGGUGGUACGGCCCACCGUUUCUCAAAGCCCAGAGACGCACAAGGUGGCCUCACUUUGGUAUCGUGGCCCGGAGAUCUUGUUAGGAUCAGAGAGCUGUGGCCACUGCGGUGUGCGUCUCGAUGUUUGGUCACUGGGAUGUGUCAUUGCAGAGAUGCUGCUGAACGAGCCCUUGUUCCCUGGAUCCUCGGAGAUAGGCAUGCUCUUCCAGCAGUUUAAGCUCCUGGGCACACCGAACGAGUCAUCAUGGCCGGGAGUGACAUCCUUGGCCAACUGGUCAACUGAAUUUCCAAACUUCCAGCCUGGACUUUGGCACGAAAAGGUGAAGAGGAGUCCGGGCAUGCGCAAUCUCAUCUCCUCAAUGGUGUGCUGUUGCCCCGCGCUGCGGCAGUCGGCUGGUGCAUUGCUGGGCCACGGUGUCUUCCGCACGCUGGAUCCUUCCCUGCCGCCGUCCGUGAAGUUCUCCUCAGAGCACGACAAGGGCCGGUCCGAGAUGCACCAGCCCACAACUGUCACUCAGAGGGACAGACUUGCCGCGAAAUCAGAGGACCAGAAUGACCAGAAAAUGGCUAUCGAGGAUGAACCGUUAGGACAGCUCUUCAGCUGUCUGAAGCGGGAGAAACCCGUACGGCCCGGGCUUGUGGAGACUGACGAGGUGCAACGGGCCAGCAAGAAGCCCAAAGAGAGUCAGAGAGCUUCGUUGUUGGAUGAGUGGCACUUGAAUACGCAGAUCCGCAGGCCGCGCUGA